AUGGCGGAGAGGAGGAGCGCAAUGAAGGCAGCGCCCAGUCCAGCCCUUGGGAGGAGCAAGCCCGCCGCCGCCGCUGUGUCCAUGCCAGCGUUUGUGCCUGGUCCUAGGCCGCCGAACCCGGUGGUUCCGGUCGUAGUGCUUGUCCCCAUGCCAGUGCCGGUUGUGCCUGUGCCUGUCCCGGGCGUGAAGGUCCCUGGGGUUCCUCCCAUUGUGCCUCCAGUGGUCGGGGUCAUGGUUCCAGCAGCGGCGCUGUAUAAAGAAGGCAAUGCUGUUAGUAUUGUGGUAAUACUGAUUCAAGCCACAUGCUGA